UAAUAUAAACCUGUAUACUUGAGAGGCAGACGAGGAGCUGUGUCACUUGACUUGGGGAGGCGCUCACCAGAACACACUCACUACAACCUCCACCAUGGCUGACGCGGAGCAGAAAGCAAUGCAACUGAUGGCUGAGGCCGAGAAGAAGCUCUCCUCCUCCAAGGGAUUCCUCGGAUCUCUUUUUGGUGGGGGAUCAUCAAAGGUGGAUGAAGCUAUGGAUCUUAACCAACAAGCUGCCAACAAGUUCAAGAUGGCCAAGAAGUGGAGUGCAGCUGCUCAUGCCUUCACUGAGCUGGCUUCUCUCCAUGCCAAGGCAGGGUCACGCCUUGAUGCUGCCACCAACUAUGUGGAGGCUGGCAAUUGCUACAAGAAGACAGAUCCAUAUGAGUCUGUGAACUGCUUGCUGAAAGCCAUUGAGAUCUACACAGACAUGGGCAAGUUUGUGAUGGCUGCCAAACAUCACCAGUCUAUUGCAGAAAUUUAUGAAACUGAGGUUGCUGACAUUGAGAAAGCCAUCCAGCACUUUGAGCAAGCCUCUGAUUACUUCCGUGGUGAGGAGAACAACUCAUCAUCAAACAAGUGUCUCCUUAAGGUGGCUAUGUAUGCAGCUCAAAUGGAGAACUAUAGGAAAGCGAUACAGAUCUAUGAGCAGGUGGCUACCAGUUCCUUGGAAAGCUCAUUACUGAAGUACAGUGCUAAGGAGUACAUGUUCCGUGCCACACUCUGUCACCUGUGUGUGGACUUGACUAAUGCAAAGAUUGCCGUGGAGAAGUAUGAAGAGAUGUACCCAGCCUUCCAAGAUUCUCGGGAGUGUAAGCUACUAAAGGCUCUUAUGACCCACCUGGAGGAGCAAAACGUGGAUGCAUUCACAGACACUGUAAAAGAUUAUGAUUCAAUCUCUCGACUUGACCAGUGGUACACAACUAUGCUGCUGAGGAUCAAGAAGACCAUCAAUGCUGAGGAUAUUUGUUAAGGAUUUCUCAAGGAAGCUUAAAGGAAAAACAGGACCAGCAGUGAACAAGGAAGCAAUAACUAGUGUCUCACUGGGUGUGAAGAAAGGCUUAGAUCACUCAUUGAAGAACUUGCAAUCUGUGUAGCUAGUAUGGCUGCUAGCAUCAAAUUAACAAGUUAAUAGCAUUGCAGUUUUAAUAUUUUUAGAUCUUUGUUGUUGCUAAGCCUUUUAAAGAAUCAUCAUUAUCCCUAACCCUAAGGUGACCCAAGUUGUAGGGCUGAUGUGCAGUAUGGAUGAUGAAGGUGUUGAGGUUGCCAAGCGAUAUAAAGUAUUAUAUCCACUAUAAUGAUUGUGUUCUUACAUUGGGGACUACUAGUGAUUGCAAAUGGAUGUUUCAGCUUCACACUGAAACUGUACUCACAAAUAAGAAGUCAUUUUAUAGGACUCAUAAAUGCUAAUAUAUUGCAUAAUGGAGGGUGAAAACAGAAACCAAUAUGGAUUAUGUCUAUCCUUAUUUUAUAAGGAACUUAUCUUACCUAUGUUAAUUUUGUAUUGGUCCAGUAAGUUUUAAUGAGAAUAUUGAACUAUUGAUCUCAAGCAGUAGUUCAGUAGUGUGCUAAAUAAGAUGGAUUCUCUUGGUACAUUUUAUAGUUCUGAUGAUUUACAAUCUAGCAUAAACCUGUUAUCAUCAUGUUAACAAAACAAAACAAAAAAAACAGAGAAAAAGGACCCACCUUUUGUAUUGAAAUGUUUAGUCUUUCUUAAGCAAGUACUUUCCAUGCCAUAUUUUUAGAACUACAAAGCAUAUGUGAAUUAUUGUUAGAAAUGUUAUUGCUAGGUGUUAGUGGAGGUGGUGGUGUUCUGUUUAUAGAAGUGGAGUGAGACAUUUGAUCACAACCUGGAAGCCUUCUGGUCCAUUUCUGGACAGCCAUGUGUACUGUUGAAUUUUGACCUUAAGUGCAUAUGAUCAUUAAUUUCUUCAUUUAUCUGAUGAGUCAUUGAUACUUUCAUGAUUUAUAUGAGGUGGUGUUUUUUCUUUUCAGUACUUCAUUAUUAUUAUUAUUAUUAUUAUUAUUAUUAUUAUUAUUAUUAUUAUUAUUAUUAUUAUUAUUAUUAUUAUUAUUACUACUGUUACUUAUUAUUGGUGAAAAGUUACAUAUGUGAAUUCUGUUGUCUAAUUUUAGGAAUAUUGUUCCAUUUGCUUCAGGUAAAUUUUUUGCAGUUAUAUAAUGUACACAACAUGUUUUGUAUUAUACUGAAGUGAGCAAUGGGCAAUUGCCUAAUGCUCAAAUUUACUUUAGGUAUGUGUUACUGGUAAAUAUAACUGUAUAUACAGAUGCACUUCGAUUGCAGUAAUGGUCGGGUAUAUAUUUUUUAUUGACACAGAAUAACAUACAAUAUUUUUUUUUUUAUUUGUAAAUCCCAAUAACAUCCCUCAAUUUCUAUUUUCAUAAUUGACACAUUACCUUAUUAAUAUAGGUUUUAUUUUAUGUUACAUGUCAGUGCAAAAAAAAACAAACAUAUUUCCUGAUAAGAUCCAAAGUAAGUUUUUUGUCAAGGAGAGUUUCAUGUGAGUUUUUUUAAUCCACCAAGAUAAAGCAUUUGUGAUAGUAAUCAGUAAAUUCUAUAGAGUUGUCUAUACUGUGUCAUUCUCUCAAUCUUUCAGUGCAUAUAUUAACUGCUUUUCAUUGAUAUUGAUCUUAUAAAUGUAUGUUUUGUAAAUAUUCAGCUGCUAGACAGUGGGAUAUGUAGAUGAAGCUGAGGCAUUCUUGUUGAGCUCCAUUUUAAUGAAAUGUUGUGUCCUGAUGUAUGAAUCACAUACAUCUUUAAGUCCACAAUACCACUCUACUCUUCCUAUGGUGUUAUCAUUUGAUUUAUUGCUCAUUGGAUUUAUUCUUUAUUCAUAGACAAUAAUUUGUGUGCUUUCAGUAUUGAUUUCUUAAAAUCUGAGAAACAAGAAACUGCCUCACAUGGCAUUGCAAGAGUUAUAUAUUUUUUUUGUUGUCAAAACUAAGAAAUAUAGAUUUGCUUUGUUAAGUAUUUUGAUGUAAUUUGCAUGCAUGUUACAUAGAAAAUCUAAUUAAAUUAUAUGCACAUUG